AAUAACUCUUCUUCCUGAUUGCAAAAAAAUAAAGAAAAUAAACUGAAAAGGAUACAAAAUCAAAGAGAAACCACAGAUUCGAUUUGAUAUUUUGCUGUCGAAAUUCUUUUUUUUUUUUUCUGGGGAAAAAAAUAAAAGGUUUCAGUAUUUCCUCUGUCAUUAGUUUGAUUUUUCCAAGGCAACAAAAAAAAAAAAAUCUGAAGUCGUUUUUCCCAUUUAUUAUUUGCUUUUUAGUCUUCAAUGAGAUGAUGUAUAGAGAGAUUCUUCCUCUGUUCGUCUUUGCUUCAGAUGGAAGAUAACAAUUCUCCCAAGGAUUACUAUAAGAUUCUAGAAGUUGAUUAUGAUGCAACUGAGGAGAUGCUCAAACUGAGUUAUCGGAAGCUUGCUUUGAGGUGGCAUCCUGAUAAGCACAAUGGUGAUACUGUGGCUACUUCAAAGUUUCAAGAGAUAAACGAAGCUUAUAACGUGCUAAUGGACCCAGCUUUACGUUUUGAGUAUGAUCUAACCGGUAUCUACGAGAUUCACAAGUAUACAUUGCGGGAAUAUCUGGCUAGAUUUAAGGGACUGAUACUCACUUGCAAUGGACUAGGCAUCAGUCACUCCUCAUCACCAUGGACACAACAAUUGGCCGAAGGCAAUAGCAAGGCAGAUGAGCAAGGUUUCGAUCUGGAUACUACUGUGUCAACUGAAGCAGAAUCAGAGCUUAAGUAAACAUUUGAUCUUGAAACUCAAAAGGCAUUAAUAUUCAGUCUCCACAGAUUUUGAUCAAGAGCUGUAAUACAGAGGUGUGUAUGCCUUAUGUCCACCCCCAUUCGACGAUAUAACAGCUUUUGCAGGAUGUUGUGUGUUUUUUGAAAUUUGAUGGUAUACGCAAUAAGAAGAAACAUUGUGUCUAAUCAAUGCUUAACCUUCAUAGAUUAAUCAUCUGAGUUAAGCCUUUACUGUGUUGUAUUAUAUCAUUCAUGGAUUGUACUUUGUAUACAUAAAAAGUGACAUACGCAUAUCACGAAAAAUUAGCAAGG